AAUUAACGAUAAAAAUAAAAGUUCACUUGAUGUAGCAUAGAAAUCACCAAACUGAAACGAUUGAAUGGAAAUAUGAAACAUGUUAUUUAUAUCUUUAAGCUUUAUGAACUACGAACAAAAAAGUCAACACCAUAAUUACGUAGUCAUCAAUCUUUCUUAUUAUAGAAAAUUAAAACAAAUUGCACGUGAAGACAGAUCCAAAAUCUACGAUUAUAUAUAUAUUAUAUAUAAAUACAAUUAAUAUUUAAUAGCACACACAUAAACACACACUAGCUGGUCUCACUAUAUCUUGCUUCUCUUUCAACAUAUAUUACAAAUUCACACCUAAUUACUUAGCAACUAACAAAAAACCCAAAAAAAAUAAAAAUGUCAAAUAAUUUACCAUAUAAGCUUUUCAUCUUGAUUAUUAUGGUUUCAAUCCCAGUAGUAAUCAGCAGCAGCGGCGGAAUGAGAAAAGACCAUAAUGCCCUCUUCUUCUUCGGGGACUCGUUUUUCGACCCGGGGAACAACAACUACAUAAGCACCACCACUCUCGACCAGGCCAAUUUCUGGCCCUACGGCGAAACGUACUUCAACUUCCCCACCGGAAGAUUCUCCGACGGCCGUUUGAUAUCUGAUUUCAUUGCUGAACAUGCACAAGUGGCAUUGAUUCCUCCAUAUUUACAGCCAAUCAGAAACGAGCAGAUUAAUUACCAUGGGGUAAAUUUUGCUUCAGCUGGAGCUGGGGUUUUAUCUCAGACUUUUCAAGGAAUGGUAAUUGAUCUGAGAACACAGCUUAGAAACUACAAGAAGGAAGUUGCUCAAUUAAGCCAAAAAACUGCAAGAAAUGCAGUAUAUUUUUUCAGCAUUGGCACCAAUGAUUAUAUCAGCCAAUUCCUCUUAAACUCCACUGUCUUUGCAUCUUAUCCUCACUCAAAAUACGUCGACAUGGUGAUCGGGAACUUGUCAAUCGUCGUUAAGGAAAUAUACAAAAAAGGGGGCAGAAAAUUUGUGUUUCUAAAUUUAGGAGAAUUGGGUUGUUUGCCGGGGCUAAGAAUUCUUCGACCAGAAAGAGAUGGUGGUGGAUGUUUGGAAGAAGCGUCACAUUUUGCAGAAUUGCAUAACAAAGAACUCGAGAAGUUGGUGUCGAGAAUGGAGCAGAAUUUGGAUGGUUUCAAGUAUUUUCUCUACGACUUCAAAAGCAAUCUUGCACAAAGGAUAACUCAGACCUUCAAAUAUGGUUUCAAGGAGGGAAAACGGGCAUGCUGUGGGACCGGGCGGUUCAAUGGUGUAUUCAGCUGUGGAGGGAAAAGACCGGUGAAGGAUUUUGAACUGUGUCGAAAUCCAAAUGAAUUCGUCUUUUGGGACUCUUAUCAUCUUACCGAAAAGGCUUAUAAACAAAUGGCGGAUGAAAUGUGGAGCAUAGCCGCUUUCAAGAACCUCUUCUUAUGCUAUUAAAACCCCACUUUUUUCGUGCAUUUUUAUGUAAGCUCAAAUAAAUUCUGCGUAAAUUGAAGCAUAUAUUGAUCAUC